AUUUUGUUUAUGGGGUGGAAUAUCAAAUUAAAGCUCCUCUGCAGGGGGCGCAAAUGAGCACCUAAUAAAACGCAAGACUUGGUCUUAUGAGAAAAACAUUUAAGAUGUUUAAGAUGUUUUAUAAGGUUUGGCGUUAAAAGCAAAAUGUUUUGUCCGUAAAGCAAAGUUUCGGUGGCAGCAGGGUGAGAGUCCAGCACAGUCCCACCUGUGCCAGCUGUGGAGGACACACCUGGCUCCGGUUACACAGACGGAGAAGGCUGGACUUUGACUCCGUGCCAAAGACACUACAGUCAGAGCACAGCUAUGACUAAAUGUCUGCAGCUCCGUCACAGGAGAGACACACACUGAGUCAAGAGAAGAGAAGUCAGGAAGAAAAGCAAAUUUCCACACGGCUCACACUCCAUAAACACACGGAGACAGACAGAGCGAGGACUCUGGACUUAGGAUUGUAAGGAGCAGAGCCCUGCUACCUCGGAGCUAUGAGUUCUCCAGCGAGCUUUGGCAGCAGGAUGCUGUUCCAGUCCAUAAAUGAUGACCUGAAUGCAUCUAUGGCUACAGCAGAUGAGUUAUCCAGAGAGUUUAACUCCCUUCUGAAGGACGCCUCUUCUUCAUCCCCAACCUCCACCUCCUCCAACAAUAACACGACAAAAUCUUCACCUAAGAUUUCAUCAUCUAUCCAUCCUGUGGACUCAGUCAGCUACAGCAGUAAAACCACACCAAUAUCCACCGUCUUCACCACCAGUCCACUCUCAUCCCCCAGGACCUCUACUGUUCCUAGAACAGGUUCAGAGGGCUUCACCUACAGCCAGCAGAGCCCCAGACAGUCACCUAACACACUGAGACGUCAUUCACCGGGACAAAGUUCCCCAGUGUCACCCAGUCGCUACGACAGGAGCCCACGAGGCUCCAGCAGUUACCCUGACAGAAGCCCUUUGUCGAGCCCUACAGCCGUUCCCCUUGACCCAGUAUCAUGGUCUGCUUCGCUACACUCUUCCCCCAAUCGUCUGAGCCCUUACGACAGUAACACCAUGGGCCACAGGUCACCAAAGAUGGACAGAGGCCCCUCCCCUUUGUCUUUCAAUCAUCCAGCAUCCUCGACCCUCCCUAGAAGCUUUGUUGUCAGGCAGCCUGAUGAGGGUGUGCAACACCAAAAGAGCCCCAGCAAGUGGAACGAGACAGAUCUGGACAAGUCUUACGAGAGGAAACCUCACCACACCUAUGACAAGACUGAGUGGCUACGCCCAUCUGUGCCAAACAGCUCCUGGAGAGAAUCCAACCUGGAUGGCCCUCCUCCAGCCCCAAGCUCUAAAAAAGAUCCUCGCUUGCAAUCUCUUCAGUAUCAACAUGGUUCCCUCCAACGUAACACUCGUAUAUCAGUCCCUCCAGAUGUUACGUCUCCGACUCACUCCCCCUACUACGCUCAGCCCAUCGUCUCCCGUAUUUCCAUACCUCCAGCCUCUUCUGAAAACCGUAAACGCAAACCUAUCCCUCUUUCUGUCAUUAUGCGCCUUCAAAACCCCCAUUGGAAAGCAAUGUCCGUGAAGCAACCCAGAUUUAUGGGAGGAGAAAUGGAGAUGUCAUCGUACCAACCUGCUGGACACAUCCCCAGAGAAAUGUAUACUCAGCCUGUGUUUCCUCCUCAGCAACACGUACCAGAGCUGAGACAGCCAACCAUAUACAGUGAUGUGCUGAACCCAGGGGAUAUAGAUGCAGAACUAGAGAGGCUAGACUGCAUUUACCACAUUCCUGUGAUUCAGGAGAAUCCCAACUCAACAGACGUGGAGCAGCCCACGGCCCCUGCACCCCGGCCCCUUAGCCCCACCAGACUGCAGCCCAUGGUGGCCCCCGAGGCCCAGAUCCAGGUGAUUCCUGACAUGGAAGAGCUGUUUCGCAUCCGGGAGGAAAUCCCACGACCACUAAAGAAACGUGGCUCUGUGGAUCAGUCUCAGCCUUUAAAGAGUGCCUCCCACUACCAGCCCAACCAGUACAAAAAUCUCAUUGACAAGCUUUUUCGCAGAAAAGAACACAGCCCCAAAGGCGACCAAGGUAGCGAGACCAGCAGCUCAUCAGAUGGAGAGGAAUGUGCUGUUCCUCCUCCUCGUGUCCCUCAGACAACGACACUGUUCCCACAGGACGUUAGAAACUACCAUUCCAUUCUGCGGAGGUCCAAACAGGAACACAAAGGAACGGGAAACCGAGCUCGAUUAAGCCCACUGGUUCUGCUCCUGGAUGGAGCUUUGGUCGGAGAACUGGAGACAGUGCAAAGAGCUGUUCAGGAGAUGAGUGACCCAAGCCAACCAAACGACGAAGGCAUCACAGCUCUUCACAACGCCGUGUGUGGAGGACAUUACAAAGUGGUGGACUUCCUUGUUCGCAUUGGAGCCAACGUGAGCUCCCCAGACAGCCACGGAUGGACUCCACUGCACUGUGCCGCCUCUUGUAAUGACCGUCCUCUGUGUGAGUUCUUGGUGAGGAAUGGAGCCGCCAUCAUGGCCAUGACAGAAAGCGACGGUGCCAUCGCCUCCCAAAAGUGCGAUCCCUAUGCUUUCGGCUUUGAGGAGUGUGAAAGUUACCUAAGGGGGGUGGAGGAGGUGAUGGGGGUGGAGAACAGCGGCGUGCUGUACGCUCUGUGGAGCUACCCGGCUCAGGGCCCAGAUGAGCUGAACUUCAGAGAGGGAGACAUGGUGACGAUCCUUCAGAAACCUGAAGGAUCGAACUGGUGGUGGGCAUCCCUCUAUGGCAGGGAAGGAUUGGUUCCGAACAAUUACUUUGGGCUUUUCCCAAAGGUUCGGCCUAAGACCCUGUGCUGAGUGGCCUCCCGAGGUUUGAUCAGUGCAGGGCACUGUUCUCAAAAACUGCAUGCAGCCUUUACAGGGUGACAGAUGAUUUGGAUUUGUCACUUGGGGACAGUAAAAGGCAGAGUCUCAGUGUUCAUUGGAAAAAUAGCUAAUGAGUCAUGUUCUAAUUUCUUCUGGCUUGAGUUUGCCUGUCUGUUCAAAGGAAUCCGCACUGAUGCAGGCAAAAGAUAACAGUUCUGACUAAACGAGUGCUGACUCAUGUACCAAAUGAAUAACUCUGACUAGUUGUUCAUUUGGUUCCAUUUAAAACUUCAUUCAGAACCAAAUUCCCUGACUUGUUGUUGCAGUUUCUGCAGUUGUACAAGAGAGUGGUGAGGAAUGACAGAAACAACAGAAAUACUAUUAUUCUCUUCAUGAAACUCCCGGUACCUGGUGCCCAUGCCCAGUGCCCAUCUUCUUUUUGCACCACUUUUUUGUUGCUGUGAAUGAACGAAUCUGCUCAUUUUCAGCUUUGUCAAAUUUGAAAUCCAUACACAUGUCGACCCAAGUGUACAUACAGGACAAGUGAAUACAUUUUCUGUAUUCUACAUAUUCUCAAGUGUUUUACCAUAAAUUCACACAAAAGUCCAGUGCAGUAUUUAAUAAAGAACAUCAACUUAUCAAGCUCUUAAUGCCCUCUCAAUAAUCAGUGUGUUAAUGUAAACAGCUCUGUCAUUUUAGUCCAUUCUUGCCUAAAGCUCACAGUCAGACACCAACAGUAGCACUAACGGUUCUCAUAAGCUGUGGAGUGCUGACAACAAACCUUUCCACAAAUGGCUGUUUGGGGUUAAUUACUUAAUUAUAGAUUGUGCAAGUGUGACGUAUUUGAAAUAGUCUUUUAAAUACAGCGCAACACUGCAACCCAGCGGCCGAUGCUGGAAAGGGCAACACCUGUAUGUUAGCAUCUCGAUAUUGGACUGAAUGAGUAAAAAAAAAAAAACAGACUGAUUAAAAAAGAGCUCUGAAAUCUGAAAGACUAGAGAAAUAUCUUUUUAAGACUGUGUACAUGUGUAAAAAAAAAAAAAAAAGAUUAUCUCAAGCCUCACCCGAGUCAUGGAAAGGCAUGAAAUCAACUGUCACAUUAAAACCUGUUUGUAUUUUAUUUGAAACUUGCGUCUCGUGAGACUGGAAACCAACCUGUCUGUUUUGCAAUGCUCUUCUGUUGGUUCAGUCUGACUCGAUGAAACUUGGUUUUAAUUCUCUGUUUGUCAUUAGAUGCUUUCGUCUCACUGACCACUGGAAAUAUUUUUUUUUAAAUAUGCGGAUUUGUUUCAUGUUUUUUUUUCAGCUGCUGUAGAACUGGAGCUUUCUGCUGUCCAUUUAACAUUACUUUUACAUUUGUUGAUCUCCAUAAGCUCUUGCCCAAACUCGUUUCCAAUGUUUUUGAUUUGUUUUUAUUUAUAGUAGUGCAUCCUGCCUGAACUAAUACUCUUAAACUAGAACGCUGUUUUUGUCGUAUGUUGGCACUGCUGUACACCUUCGCCUAAUACUUUAACUUAUCACGCACACAAACAACAGAUAGCUUAUGACACAGUACACGAGAAAGUCGAAUUGUUGGCAGAGAAGAUGUGAAGAUUAGAAGAUGUUACAAUCUUGUUUUUAUGGUGAAAAAUAUUAAUGCUGUGAAAUGUCAUUUACCGACCAACAGGUGGCACUGUACAGCCGAAUAAAGAUUUAACACUAACAUAA